AUGUCUGACGACUUGGAUAUUAAACUCCAUUUGCUCGAAACAAUAACUAACAAAUUUUCAGAGGAUCACAGGGUUGGCAGGGGUGGGUAUGGAGCUGUUUACAGGGGGGUGUAUAAAGGCAAAGAGAUUGCCGUUAAGAAGCUUCAUCAGUUGCAAGGGCUUGAUGAUAAGGCAUUUGAUAAUGAAUUCCGCAACCUUAGCAAGGUCCACCAUAAGAAUGUGAGAAGCUCUGACUUCAACUUUCUUGCCAUAGAUCCGGCCCUGGAGCUGCGCUUCCUAUUCGAGCCGAGGAAGGCCAUAUCAUGUUGCCUGCAGCUAACCAACAUUACUGAUGGAUACAUUGCAUUUAAUAUAAAGAUCAACAGAACCAAGUACAGGGCACAGCCGAGCAAAGGAAUGAUGCGGCCGUGCUCCAAGCGUUAUAUCACUGUCACAUUACUAGCACAGGAGGAGGCACUUGUGCAGUGCAAUGACAUGUUUAUUGUACUGGGUGCAAAUGUUAACAAGGACCUGAAAUCCGACGAGAUCACUGAAGACUUGUUCAAAGAAGCCAUGAAGGGGAAGGUGGUUGAUGUGGCUUCAUAUCGAAUACAGAGUCCUAGAUAG